CUGGAGACCCCGUUUCUGCUGUCUCCGUGUCUCAGGGACUUACCCUGGGCUAGGUGUCGAGGUGGGUGCGUCGUCCUCAGGGAUUCCUUCUGCAGACAUGCUCCCCGAGGUGGGUUCGCUGUGGCUGCUUCGGCUGCUCCGGGACAUCCAGCUGGCACAGUUUUACCGACCCAUCCUCGAGGAACUUAAUGUUACCCGGCCAGAGCACUUCGACUUUGUCAGGCCCGAGGACCUGGACGGCAUUGGCAUGGGCCGGCCCGCCCAGCGCAGACUGGCCGAAGCUCUGAAGAAGCACCGUUCGGGGUUCAAGUCAAAGAACUGGGUCUACAAGAUCCUUGGGGGUUUUGCACCUGAGCAGAAGGAGACCACCCCAGCUCCAGACAGCCCCCUGACCCUCCCUGAGCCGGAGGGGGGACUCAAGUGUCUGAUCCCUGAUGGUGCUGUGUGCAGAGGGGAGCUGCUGGGCUCUGGCUGCUUUGGAGUGGUUCACCGAGGGCUGUGGACACUGCCCGGCGGCCAGAGUGUCCCAGUGGCUGUCAAAUCCCUCCGGGUGGGUCCUGAAGGCCCCGUGGGCACAGAGCUGGGGGACUUCCUUCGAGAGGUGUCCAUCAUGAUGAACUUGGAACACCCACACGUGCUGCGUCUGCACGGCCUCGUACUGGGCCAGCCCCUGCAGAUGGUGAUGGAGCUGGCGCCCCUGGGCUCCCUGCACGCGCGCCUGACCGCCCCGCCCCCGACACCCCCGCUGCCCGUGGCCCUGCUCUGCCUCUUCCUGCGGCAGCUGGCGGGGGCCAUGGCGUACCUGGGGGCCCGCGGGCUGGUGCAUCGAGACCUCGCCACGCGCAACCUGCUGCUGGCCUCCCCGCGCACCAUCAAGGUGGCCGACUUCGGGCUGGUGCGGCCGCUGCGCGGCGCCCGGGGCCGCUACGUCAUGGGCGGGCCCCGCCCCAUCCCCUACGCCUGGUGUGCGCCAGAGAGCCUGCGCCAGGGGGCCUUCUCUUCUGCGUCGGACGUGUGGAUGUUUGGGGUGACGCUGUGGGAGAUGUUCUCCGGGGGCGAGGAGCCGUGGGCCGGAGUCCCGCCAUACCUCAUCCUGCAGCGGCUGGAGCAGGACCGGGCCCGGCUGCCUCGGCCUCCCCUCUGCUCCAGGGCGCUCUACGCCCUGGCCUUGCGCUGCUGGGCCCCCCACCCCGCCGACCGGCCUAGCUUUGCCUACCUGGAGGGGCUGCUCCAAGAGGCCUGGCCUCCUGAGGGACGUUGUGUGCGGGAUGUCACAGAGCCAGGUGCCCUAAGGAUGCAGACUGGUGACCCCAUCACCAUCAUUGAGGGCAGCCCCGACUCUGCAGCCUGGAAGGGCCAGAACGGCCGCACAUUCAAAGUGGGCAGCUUCCCAGCCUCGGCAGUGACACUGGCAGACGCGGGGGUCUCACCAGCCACCCGUCCGGUCCACAGGGUCUCCCCUGCCCAGGGGGAGCGACACCAGGGAAGCGUAGAUGGGGACAGAGGGAAGGCAAAGCUUCGGGAUUUACCUCCAGCACGGGGCCAGAGAAGGAACGUGCCCCUGCAGAGGAUGAAAGUCAUUUCCAAGAGUCUGGAGUCUGUUCUGUCCCUGGGCCCCCGCCCCACAGGGGGUGGUUCGAGCCCCCCUGAACUUCGUCAUGCCAGAGCUGUGCCCCAGACACCCCCAGGCCUGCCAUCCCGCCCUCCCUUUGCCUCCAGCCCUUCUCAGCCCAGCCAGCCCCCCAGGGAGCGGCCUCCCUGGGCCAAAAGGGAACCCCCCCACAGCCAUGCCUCGGGGGCGCCUGGGGCUAGCAAAGCCACCAUCCCUGCUGGAGGCCUCUUGCCCGACCCUGAGUUGCAGAGGAGGAUUGUGGAGGUGGAGCUGAGCGUGCAUGGAGUCACCCACCAGGAGUGCCAGGCAGCACUCAGGGCCACUGGGGGAGAUGUGGUUUCUGCCAUCCGGAACCUCAAGGUGGACCAGCUCUUCCAUCUGAGUAGCCGGUCCAGAGCGGACUGCCGACGCAUCCUGGAGCACUACCAGUGGGAUCUCUCUGCUGCCAGUCACUAUGUCCUGGCCCGGCCCUGA